GAAGAGGAGCUCCGUUGUUAUGUGUUUGUUCUUGAUCUUUGAAACUUAAACACGGUCUUUUUUUUUUUUUCUUCCAUUCGCAGACGUUAACUUUGCCAAAGUUAAGGAACUUUCUAAUAGCAUCAGCCAUAUUCGGCUGCAUUUUUAAAUUGAUCGUUUCGACAGUGUCUUAUUCGAGUGGUUUUGUUAGUUAUGUUUUGUAAAGUUAGAGUGGGUUUGUCCACAGCGGCUCCAGUCAGGUUCCCCAGUUGUAUGAAUCCGACAGUGAAGCUGGUGUCGCCUGGGUUCUGUAGACACCAGCGGAGGAACCUCAACUCCGAAUCUGCAGGUGUCAAGGUGUUGUAUGAUGGGUUGUGUCCCAUCUGCAUGACAGAGAUCCGCUUCCUCCAGUUCCUGCAAAGAAACCAACCGGGGAAAGUUCAUUUUAUUGACAUCUCUAAGCCAGGCUACGAUGGGGCAAAAUACAAUGAUGUCACCUAUGAGAUGGCCAUGGAGGAGAUGACUGUAAUCGAUGAGAAAGACGAGGUGCAUCGCGGGGUUCCAGCAUUUGCAGUGAUGUAUGGCGCCGUUGGGCUCGGCUGGUUGGGCCGCUUUAUGAUGUGGUCAACAGUGAGGCCGUUUAUGGAUAAAUCAUACGCCAUCUUUGCAAGGAAUCGACUUAAGUGGACUGGACGGGCAGAGGAUUGCACCACAGGACGCUGUGAAAAGAAAUCUGUUGACUCUUCCUGACUUCAUUAUUAAAAUUAGCUACUGUAUAUUUAUUGAUAUGAAUGUGUUGCAUAUUGUGCUGCAGGAAAAUCUAAUUAAAAUGCUGGAAUAUAGGUGUGGUAAAGACUUUAUGCUUUUUUUUAUACAUAGUUCGCAAUUUGUAAAUGCAUGCUAACAAUAGUAAAAAAGAAAAGGGUUUGGAAUUGCAUAAUAGUGUGACAUUUGUUUUACAAACUAUCUUUGUCUAUCAAAACUAUUUUAGUUAUAUUGCAUUUGAAGAAACAUGACCGAGUGAGCGCUCUUAGCAGCAAACGUCUUUGACGUAUAUUCUUCCGGUAACCAUGUCAACAAGAAUUUAAGCAUUUAGGAGAAAGUAAGCAACUUAUGAAUAUCUGAAUGUGCUUUAUACGCUAUGUGCCUUGGGAAACGUUUAUCUUUAUUUUCCAGGAAUGAUGACAUGACUUCAUGAUGUAUCUUCGUCUAUGACGAUUGACUGAACUGGUCCAAAACUCCAGCAGUCCACAAACAGAACCGCUCCCAAAGUCUGGAUCAACACAAUACGACAGAAUUUUUUCAUGCAAUUCCCACAGGUUGCAGUUGAUUAUGUUGCAACAGAGAAGAGGUGUCCACAACAAGUCUGGGAGCUUCAUACCACACUGAGUCAAGAAUGGGUUACCCAUUUUGCUCAGGUUUCACUAAGAGGACUUUAAUAUCAUGCAGGAAUAUGUACACAAUGAUCUGUCUCAAAAGAGACCAAAGACUGGCACUUUGUCCGAACUCAUCCAGGCUUUAUGCAUGUACUAGCAGUGCAAAGCUCUUUACAAGUUACACCUCAGUCUUCUUUAAAGAAAUUGCCAGGGAAGUAAGACAUCUCCGUUGUUUGUGUUUUUAUUCAUUUACUAAUAAGGAGGCAUUUAAAACCAAAGCUCCAGUUGGGAUUUUUAAUUCAUGCGUGCUGAAAAGUCACCCACUGUCCAGACACUUUAACAUUUGCUUUAAGAGAAGGCAUGCCGUUGGGUUUGCUGAAAAUGGCAGUUUUAUUGUAACAGUUCCUGAAUAUCAGUGCCAGUCACAAAAGCGCAGGUUUAGUCAGUGGUCAGCUGCAAAUCAAAAACAACCGGGAGGCAGCAGCCAAGCACAGUCUUCAAAAUCCAAAGAGAAACAGGAAAAACCAGAGACUGUUGCCUCCAGCGGUGAAAAGUCUGGACUGGACAUCAGCCCUUUGACUGCAGUAUUUGGCGAGACCUUCAGUUACGUUGCCAAACGUAUUGGCUCAGUGUUCUCUGUGGAUGACACAGGUCAAAAGCAGGAUCUAUCUGCUACUAGAGAAAAGACCCGGAAGGUGAAGAAGAAAAAAAUCCCAGACUCUGGUGAAAAGCCUGAAGUUAAACAACAUAUAGAACAGACAACAGCGCAACACCAAAACGUCGCCGACACCGCUGAGGACUCAUUCAUCCACAUUGCGGAACACAUCAAUAGAUACUUUGGCGCCAGCGAUGAUGUAGGUGAAGUUGACAGUGACAAAGAACGUCCUGUCUCAACAAAACCUACCUCAAAAGCUGCUAGCUCGAAAGACAGCUCGAAAGACAGCUAUUCUCAGACAUCAUCUUAUAUCAAUCAGUAUUUUAGAUCAAAAAGUGAACAGAAGGACCUUGGUCCAACUGUCAAAACAAAGAUAGACCUGGCAUCCUUUAGGAAGACAUCUUUGAUGGACAUCUUUCGCCGUCCCACUACUGCUAUUUCAGAUUUUCUGAAUUCGAUGUUUGAGGAGACUGAAGUCAUAACUGAAUUGCCUUUACCAGAGAUCCUAAUAAAUAAUAGGUGUGUCUUGACCCGCAGACAAGCAGAGGAGACCACACUUAGGUUAAUACUGAGACUAGAACAAGCCUCAGCUCCAGACAUUAUGACUGCCUGCAUAGAAGUACUCAAUGAACACCUUAUCCGCUUCCCAGCAUGCAAGUCUUUUAUCUGGCAGGGGAGAUGUAUAGUCAACCUGUUGAGACUGCGGCGAACUUACAAACACCAUCGAGGACUGCAGGCCUCUAUAAGAGAAGCCUUAGCUCUGAUUGGUUUUGUGGAUCCAGUCAAAGGUCAUGGCAUCAGAGUUCUCUCCAUUGAUGGUGGAGGUACAAGAGGUGUUGUACCUCUGCAGUUACUAAAGAUACUAGAAGAUGAGACCGGCAGAAAGAUUCACCAGCUGUUUGACUACAUCUGUGGAGUGAGCACAGGAGCCAUCUUAGCUUUCAUGUUGGGACUGGGCCGUGUUUCUCUGGAGGAGUGUACUGAAAUGUACCGCCAAAUUGGAACCGAGGUUUUCAAGCAAAACCCGCUGGUUGGCACUGUGAACAUGGGAUGGAGUCACUCCUACUAUGAUACCGCAACCUGGGAGAGAAUACUACAGGAGACGAUGGGUUCUGAUCUGCUAAUUAAAACAUCCAGAAACAAGGGCACUCCAAAGGUUUCAGCUGUCAGUGCAGUUGUGAACUGGGGCACAGGCCCUAAGGCCUUUGUGUUUCGCAACUACAGCCACAAACCAGGCUGCCCUAGCCGCUUUUCAGGGGGGUCCGACUACAAGAUGUGGGAGGCAGUGCGUGCAUCAUCAGCCGCACCUGGAUACUUCCAGGAGUUUCUUUUGCAGAAUGACAUCCACCAGGACGGAGGAAUCAUCAUGAACAAUCCCUGCAACUUGGCGGUCCACGAGAGCCGGUUGAUGUGGCCCAACACACCCUUUCAGUGCGUGCUGUCCCUUGGCACCGGACGCUAUGACAAUGUCAAGAGGAGCCCUAGUACCUCCACGAGCCUUCGAGAAAAUAUCACUAACCUGAUCUUCAGCGCCACUGACACUGAAGGGGUCCACACCCUCUUGGGCGAUUUGCUGCCCCCAGAUGUCUACUUCCGCUUCAACCCCAUGAUGAAUGAUGAGGUGUCCUUGGACGAGAAUCAACCCGAGACACUGGAUAAGCUUGUGAUGGAAACCCAGGACUACCUGGAGACAAAUCGGUCUAAAGUGGCCAAGCUGUGUUUAGUUCUAAAUUCACAGCGCUCACCUGUCGACCGAGCCAAGGACUGGAUUAGUCAGAGGACUUGGGAAAUGAAGAAGAUGCUGAUAUGAUUUGGUGAGAUGCAGCUUUUCUACACGUGCACUGCUGUGAAGCACAUUUACAAAUGCUACAGAAAAAUAGCAAAAGAAUGUAUGGAAUAAAUAAAAAGAAUAAAUACAACAGA